GACGUGUCUCGUGGUUGUCGUUCCAUGUGCGCCUACUAUGUAUACCACGUUCCUUCCUUGACCAUGCAUCUACGGACCGUUUACUAGCCUCUCAGCUCCCCGCUUUGGCCAGAUUUUUCUCGCCACGCCACGAGACUCUCCCAUCUGCGCCUUGAAAUAACUUCAAUGCAUUCAUAGACGUCUCAGGACGCGUUCUGUGCCUUUUCGAACACGCGGUGGAGGUUUCUUAUGACCUCCGCCCACCGUUCGCCAGCCGAAAGGAACGUUGGCGGGGCUCAUCGCGAGCGUAUUUAAAGCACACCUCUCGUGGCAUGCGUCGUAAGUGCUCUUUCUUUCUUAUCGACAAUGCGGGCCCAGCUGUCUCUCGCGCUCUUGUCCUCGUCACUCAGUGUCUCAGCCGUCAAUGUAUCUGUUUCGAGCACUCCGCCUGGAACGUCUCAAAACUUAUUGUCUACGCUGUUGUCUUUCUCUAUUGAGCAGGACAGAUGGCCCGACUGGACUGGUAUUGACCGUCGCAAUCAGUUUACAUUCAACGCGCUUGACAAUUACGCUCAACUGACUGGAACGCCGUCCAAAAUUAGGGUGGGUGCAGAUUCUGAGGACCAUACUACUUGGUCCCCAACCGUCACUAUCAAUUCGGACUCGUUCCCCCCACCUAACAGUGUAACGCCGUAUCCAGAGGCUACCCAGAUUGUUGUUGGUGAUGGCUACUACCAACUCUCCAAGUUCCUCCUGCCAGGCACGCAUAUGACUUGGGGCGUGAACCUCGGCCUGGAUAAUGUCACUAAUGCUGUGAACAUGGCAAAAUCAAUUGUCAAGGCGUUCGGUGCCUCCGCCGUUAAGGCGGCUGGAGUGACUUUGGAUAUGAUCGAAAUUGGAAACGAGGCUGAUCUCUACAAGAACAAUGGUUUGCGGCCAUCUAAUUGGACUGUCCAACAAUACGUAGUCGACUGGGAAUCCCUUGCUGGCCCAGUUUCAGAAGCCGCCGGUCUGAGGCGGGGUGGAGUGACCUUCCAAGGAGCUGCAUUCGCUGGAACAGGUUUCACUCCGAGGCAGAUUUUUGACUUGGGUAUCCUCGAUGGCACUCCCGGAAAGCUUAUCACGACAAUAUCUCAGCAUCGUUACUCUGGAGCAUUCUGCAGUGGCGGCGACUUUGCUUUGAGCUCGUUCAUGAGCAAAGCCUCCGUGAGAUCUAAUCUCACGCUAUGGCUGCCUGACAUAGCUGCCUCGAAGCAACAUGGAUUGCGUUACAUUUUGGGUGAAACCGGAAGCAUUGCAUGCCAUGGUGCACCCGGCGUUAGCAAUACGGCAGGUGCUGCGCUUUGGGUUAUCGACUACGCAUUGCAAGCUGCCACUCUUGGCAUUGAGGAGACCUUCUUCCACGAAGGUAUCGGAUACAAAUACAACUUCUUCCAACCCAUCAGUCUCAAUCGCUCCGUUGUCGACGGUUCUCCACUUGACCCUCCUCAACCACCCCAUGUCAUGCCCAGUUACUACGCUGGGAUCGUCAUCAACACUCUCAUUGGCCAAACCGGAUCUGCCAAAAUCGUCGAGCUCGUUGUCCCUGACGAUAAUGUCAGCGGGUAUGCCGUAUACGAGAAAAACGUUCUCAAGCGUGCAGUCUUCGUCAACUUUCACGCCUGGCUCUUGAGUUCGACUGGCACUCGUCCGUCAGUUCACCUCGACUUGUCGUUUACGUCCGGAUCUGGUGUUAAGAACGCAACGGCGAAACGACUAGUCAUUCAACACGCGGAUGAUACUCAAAAUCUCACCUUUGGAGGCCAGAGCUAUGAGACUAGUGAUGCUCGUGCUGGCGGGAAGAUCACGCAAGAAUCCGUAGAUAUUAGCAAGGGAUUGGAUUUGCUGGCGACUGAGGCGGUUCUACUGAGUUUCUAAGUUUUCAGGUCUUCAUUGUCACUGCGAUACCCGUUACCCUCGCUUUCAUGUGUGAUACCGAUAUCAUGCUGCUAGUCUGUUAUCAAAUUCAAUGACCUAUCUUUGGACGUCCGCCAUUUGAAUAGCUCAUCCGAUGGCCAAAGUGUGAACCUUCCACAACAUUGGUUUCUUCAUCGGACCAUCCGUCAUAAGAUUGGUGUAUGUUCAAGUUACAAUAAGGAAGGGAAAUAAUUGAACUGGAAUGUCAACCAUGAUUCUGCGCAACAUGUAAAGGAUCGGAGACCUGAGACUCUCGGUCCUGACAAUCUUGACAUCCGGCAGGUGUACUGGAAUGUUCUGAACGGCCUGGAAGAGGUAUGUGGGCUUCACGUAUAUCGUAG